AUGGUGGCGCUUGCAGUAGCGGCGUCUACUUCAAGCGCCUUGGCCAAGCUUGGCUUCGAUUCGCCCGUGGUGCACGACGGCCCCUUCCACACGAUCGUCGAAGGGCUCUCGCGGCCGCACCUGGUUGAACCUCAGGGCACGCCCGUCGGCAUCAGCAUCGUGCCCCUGCACACCACCGGAUACUCUCAGCCUCAGGGUGGGGGGCCCGUGACCGUGCAUCGCCAGGCCGGCGGCGUCCGCAACGCACCCCUUGCUCUUCACACGUCGCACGUGCUGCUGAACGCCGUCUCGUCGCCGGGUAUGGUGCUCCACGGUGCGCCCGCACUAGCCGGCGCCGCUUACGAACCGCGCAUCGUCAAGCCCGCGCCUGUCCAAGCCGUGCUACCUGUGAAAUCAGUGCACCAGGAAGAACUCGUGCCGCAGCCGUACCAGUUCGGCUACGAGAUCUCGGACGGCCAUGGUAACAAGCAAGUUCGAUAUGAGGUGAGCGAUGGCCACAACCGUAAGCAAGGCUCGUACGGCUUCGUUGAUGCUCAUGGUGUCUACCGGCAAGUACAAUAUGUGGCCGACCACAAUGGCUUCCGCGCCACAAUUGACACGAAUGAGCCGGGCGUCGCAGCUGGCUACUCUGCAGGAGCCGUCUUCAAGUUGGCCACAGAAGACCUAGGCCUGUGGUUCCACCGUCGGCCAAUACCACCGCCACCACACAGGGUGCCUGUAGUAUUGCAGAAUGCUCUGCCGAACCGUCUCGCCCAGAAGCCGAUUGGAGUUGCUGCUGUUUUUCAUGGGGCCGUUCCAGCGGCUCCUGCUGGAGUUCCUGUGGGUGUCGCGGCACCCGGUGGGGACCCAGCAUUGCAGGCCCUGCAAGUCGUCCAGGGUCUUCAUGGCAAGGCCAUCACAGCUCUACCGGUGUCUUCGGUCCAGUACGCUCCAGGUUUAGAGCACUCUGGAGGCGUGGACUUUAUCCCGUCGGCGCCACGUUUGACGGCAGCGUCCACGGAUGGUUCCAGUCUCAUCGACCCGCGACGCUCUCACGUGACAUACGUUGAGACACCUGCAGAACACCCUUUUGCGAGCUUGAGGACGCACCCUCCAGUGUUACAUGAGGGUGGUCCAGGAGCUCACAAACAGCGCUAG